ACCACAGGGGUCAAAAUCCUAUUAAUAAUAUCUUUAAAUUUCCACAGCAUUUUAUACAAGAGGUUUUAAAAAUGUUGUUAUACUUUCUGUCUAAGACUAUGAUGAGUUAAUAAUGAAACGUGUAAUUACCCUCUUUUACAUGUGAGAAAAUUGACACACAGAUCACUGUAGCUAUAUAGGGGAAAAGUUAACCAGGGUUAAUUCCUGUAACACGGUCCAAUAUUUCUCUCUGUUCUGUGUUCAGUGUGAGUAGGUGGUUUAUGUCCAUAGAAACUGGAAUAACAAUUGACCUAGAGAUUUAUUCUCUUCUUUGCCUACAGAUCCCAGGAGCACUAACGUAAUGGCUGGGGGAAGAAAUAGUACAAUUACCAGGUUCAUUCUUUUGGGAUUCUGUGAAUUUCCAAAGCUCACCAUUGUCCUGUUUUCAAUAUUCCUAGGGAUCUACCUCCUGACAGUGUCUUGGAACCUGGGUCUCAUCACCCUCAUCAGAGUGGAUUUCCAUCUGCACACACCCAUGUACUUUUUCCUCAGUAACCUGUCCUUUCUAGAUAUCUGCUAUGUUUCCACUAUAGCCCCCAGGAUGCUCUCAGACUUCUUCCAGAAGGAGAAAUCCAUCUCCUUUAUGGGGUGCACCAUGCAGUACUUCUUCUUGUCUAGCCUGGGUCUGACCGAGAGCUGUGUUCUGGCAUCCAUGGCUUAUGAUCGAUAUGCUGCCAUUUGUAACCCUCUGCUCUACACAGCCAUCAUGUCUCCAACUCUCUGUCUGCAAAUGGUGGCAGGAUCUUGCAUCAGUGGAUUCUUUGGCUCAUUUAUCCAACUGUGUGCAUUACUUCAGCUCCAUUUCUGUGGACCAAAUGUCAUUAACCAUUUCUUCUGUGACCUGCCCCAACUGAUGAUCCUAUCUUGCUCUGAUACAUUUUUCUUAGAAGUUAUUGUCUCUGUACUCACAGUGAUCUUUGGACUGACUUCUGUGCUGGUUAUCAUGAUAUCCUAUGGUUAUAUCAUUGCCACCAUUUUAAAGAUCACUUCAGCUGAAGGCAGAUCCAAGGCUUUCAACACCUGUGCUUCUCACCUGGCAGCAGUGACGCUAUUCUAUGGCUCAGGCACCUUUGUCUAUUUAUGCCCCAGCUCUGACGAUUCUCUUAGCCAAAGCAAGCUUGCUUCUAUUGUAUACACUGUGGUGAUUCCCAUGUUAAAUCCAUUGAUCUAUAGUCUCAGAAAUCAGGAAAUCAAAGAUGCCCUCAACAGACGGAAGAAGAAAGUUUUCUCCUGACAUUAUUUUUUUACAAGGUUUGCAUAUCUUAUUUCAAGAUAAGUGACAUAAAACAUGAAUAUAGGUUUUAAAUGUAUAUA